UGGAGAAGAUGAACAUUUGGAUUCCUUCCCUGUGCUUUUAAAUGACGAAGAGUUUCAGUCUCACGAAAAUGACGUUUUGGAUUUGAAUCCUUUUGAUGGCUUGCCUUACUCAACUAACUAUUACCAGUUAUUAAGGGAACGAAAAACGUUGCCAGUCUGGCAAGCGAAAGAGGAUUUCGUUGUUGCAGUAGAAGAGAGCUCUGUGGUAUUGGUUACUGGAAAAGCGGGGAGCGGUAAAAGUACGCAGAUUCCACAAUGGUGCACUCAACUGGCGAAAGAAACCGACUUUAGUUUUGGUACAGUCGUGUGUACGCAACCUGUAGCGACCGCUGCCAUGUCACUUGCUGUUCAGGUCGCACAAGAAAUGGAUUUCACUAGUGUUGGUAAUGAGGUCGGUUAUAAGGUUCACCAACAAGACUGUGCCUCCGAGGACACAGUGUUAAAGUUUACAACGGAUGAGAUAUUGUUGCGGGAAAUGUCAGAUGAUCCACUGUUGCAGAAAUACAGCUUUGUUAUCAUCGACGAGAUUCAAGAAAGAACCGUCUCCACUGAUAUUCUGCUUGCCCUGCUAAAGAUCAUAUUAAACUUGCGGGAAGAUCUAAAAGUUAUCUUGGUCAGUUUGAUUCAAGAGAUGCCAACACUGGAAGAGUUUUUCGAAGGUGUUCCGAUCGUUGAUCUUCAUUUCUUGGACGAAGCUGCUGCCUCCGAUGAAAAUGAUGAUCCCGAAAUUUCCGAGAAAGAUGAGAGCAAAAUAUCUGAAAAAGAGAGGAGCAGGAGAGAGGUCGCUGAGAAGAAAAGAACGGAUCAGAUCGAAAUAGUACAUCUUCCUCUACAAGGCCAAACACUCAUUGAAGAAAUCACUUCGCUUGUUUUGAACCUUCAUUCCGACCAAGACCUGGAAGGAGAUAUUCUUGUGUUGCUACCAACUGCUGCGGAUGUAGAAGAAACAUGUGACAGAAUAGCAAGGGAGAUAGCGAUGAAGACGCUGCGAGGAGAUGCUGGAGAAGCAGCGGUAGUUCGCUUGCACCGUUGUCUUGCUUACGGUGCACAGCAGGCAGUGUAUGACAAGAAAGCAAACUUCGGAGAUGGUGAUCUUAUAAAUCGAAGAAUUGUCGUGUGUGACGACAUAGCCGAGUCGUGUUUCUCAAUGGAAAAUAUAACAGUAGUUAUUGACACCGGCGUGAAGUUUGAAAAAGUUUUUAACACCCGAUUUCGCACGUACUCCAAUAUUAAGCAAUACAUUUCUCAAGCUAGCGCAUCGUUACGUAUGGACCGAUGCCAGGCAGGUGGAAAGUUAUACAAACUUUACGACCAUGUUCAUUUUGAAGAGACUGCAUCAGAACAGUCGAUUCCCGAAAUCAAACGAUUUGAACUUACAACUGAAGUUUUGCUGAUGAAAAGAUUGUUGCAAAGACUAAACGUAUCUCUCACACAAUGCCAACUACUUGAAGCACCAGAUCCCGAAGCUUACAUGUUGGCAUUGGAAGAGUUGGAUUACCACGGAGCAUUGGACGAGAAUGGGAAUCUAUCUGAUCUAGGAAUGGUAAUGAGUGAGAUGCCGCUGUCACUUGCGGAGGCCAAGGUGGUUAUCGCAAGUUGUGGAGAAGGAUGUACCCAGGAAAUUGUGACUAUCAUCGCAAUGCAAAAAUGUUCAGAUUUGUUCGUAGUUCCUCCUGGCUUAGAGAGCAAAGCUGCAGUGUGCAGAAGAAGCAUGACCCAUAAAGCUGGCGACCAUUUCACUUUCCUCAAUAUAUUCUAUCGUUUCGCAAGGCACAAGCGAUCUGAGUCUUGGUGCAACGCCAACUACGUGAGUUACGAUGCUUUGAAAAUGGCGGACAAGAAACGAAGUGAAAUACUCGAAGUGAUGGAGAUUCUUGAACUUCCUGUUAGUGAACCAGUCAUCGAACCACAGUUAAUGGAAACUAGUGUCAAGAAAGCGUUACUUGCUGGAUACUUCAUGCAGAUCGCGAGAGACACCGAUGGGUGCGGGAAUUAUCACAUAAUACGAGACAAACACAUAUCACGACUUCAUCCAGACUGUGGAUUGGUCAACUCAAGGCCAGAGUGGGUGAUUUACAACAAGUUUGAACUCACAGAGAACAGCUACCUUUCAACUGUCAGUCCUGUUGAUCCCGAAUGGAUUGCAGAAAUCGUCCCACAUAGCUAUCUCACUAACUUGCCAACAAAUGAAGCGAAAGACACUCUUCUUUAUUUAGCUGAGAGGUACCGUGGUAAUGCCGGCGGUAUUGAAGACGAAGAACAGAACAACUUUAAACCCAACGAAAUUCGAAAAUCUAUAAAUAAACAAGACGCGAAAAAGGCAAAGCACAAACAACAAGUGCAAUCUUCAAGUGCCCUUAAAACGGGGUUGGAAAUUAACAGAGCUCACGUUGACAGUAACGACGCUGGUAGCGAACGGGGCGAUGAUGCGCUCUCUGAUGACACUGACGUUUUGACGCAAGCUGUACGCGACGUAACUUACGUUUACAAUCAAGCGUCAACUUACGUGCGAACUUCGGAGUAUGCUUCAGAAGGCUCUCAAUGUAACGUGCAAUAAUAAGAUGCAAUAAUUUUACCUUUGUUUAUUUACUGAUUUCUUCCUAACUAUAUUAUCAGUCCUUUAUUAAUUAAAUCACCAACAACUAUUAGAAGUGUACACCUUUUUACGUCUCUGAAGGAGUUUUAACAAUAUAUAUGAAUUCUUUAUUUUAUUUCACUAAUUCAAGUGAAGUUUUAAUUUUUUUUGCUCUACUGUGCGCAAAAGAUAUGCGCUCGAAUCCUGUGCUUUGUAGAACUGUGAUAAUUGUUAAUUGACACCUAUUCUGUUGAUCGUAGCCUAAAACUGUGUAAAAUAAAUGAUUUUAUCUCAAAGUUA